AGAUAAGAAAAAAAGCUUAUCGAUAUGAAGUAAAAUUAUGUUAGGAAUAAAACAUCUGUUUAAUUUAUUCUUUUGUUGUUCUUAGUUCUUUUUAUAUUACCUGAUGAACAUGAAUUAAGAUGGGCAAAUCCUAUAAAAAAGUGAAUGAGAUCAUAAGCACAUAAGUAGAGGUUAUAGCAACAUGAAAUUUAUAUUUGAAAUUUAUUGGAAGUCAACUAAAUGAAUACAGUGAAGCUAGAGUUGGUAUGGGGCAUUAAAGAAUGUGCCCGACCAGUUGCUCCUGUUCUGCGAGAUGUUUUGGAUCCCGACCGCGGACCCCAGUGCAGUCGAUCGCUUAGGGCUCACCUUGAUGGAAUGGUGCUGAGCCAGCUGAAACUACAAUCAGAAAGAAAACUUACAAAACAGAUUUGCAGAGUUGUGUUGGAUCAUUUUGAGAAGCAAUAUGUCAAAGAGCUUGGAGAUUCAUGGAUUACAAUAAGGGACAUCUUGACAUCUCCAUCAUGUUGGCAACAUGCAAUCCUUUUUAUUAGAUUCAACUAUCCUUUUGAGCUAGAAAAGGAUUUACAACUGAAGAGAUAUCAUACUCUUCUUCAAGGAUAUUUUCCCUACUAUCUUGAAUCAUUGACAUGCUACGUUAGUAGAAUUCCUGGCCGAAUACCUUCAGAGAGACAUCAAGUUGGUAAAUUGAAAAGAUAUCUUCUAAAUGCUGCCUCCCUUCUCCCAGUGCUGGCUCUGGAAUUACAGAAUGGAGAAAGAGUUUUGGAUAUGUGUGCUGCUCCUGGGGGUAAAUCAGUAGCUCUUCUACAGUGUGCAUAUCCAGGUUAUUUUCACUGCAAUGAGUAUGAUAAUCUGAGAUCGAAGUGGUUGAAACAGACACUAGAAUCCUUCAUCCCACAACCCAUGAUGAAUAUAAUAAAAGUGUCUGAAUUGGAUGGCCGAGAGAUAGGAGAUCUUCAACCUGAAAUGUUUGACAAGGUGUUAGUCGAUGCCCCACGUUCAAAUGAUUGAAGUUGGUUAUUCUCUUCUGAUACCCAGAAGGCAUCCUAUAGGCUAAACCAAAGGAAGGAAUUGCCUCUUGUACAGCUAGAACUAUUAAGGUCAGCAAUCAAGGCAUUGCGUCCUGGAGGAUUACUGGUUUAUUCUACAUGCACACUUUCCAAGGCAGAAAACAGUGAAGUAAUCAGUCAAGUCCUAAAUUCUCAUAGUAACAUAUUCCCAGUGGACAUGAAGGAAAUGGCUAGUGCAGCAUCUCAUGCUCCUAGUGGACAGGAAUAUGGGUUGUUGGUGCUUCCAGACAAAGGUAAAGCCUGGGGCCCAAUGUUUGUAGCAAAAUUAAAGAAAUCAGUAUCCUGAACAUAUGUUUUAUAAAUCAUGUUAACAAAUUGUUCUAUUUGUUUUUGUAAUCUGUAUGUUGGAAUAUAUAAAUGGUUAUGCUGAUAUUUUUCUUAGGUGUUAGGAAUUUUAGUUUAUUAGAUUGUAUUCC